AACUUGAAGUCACAGAGAGCCCCUGGUUUUGGUUUUUGGGUUUGGGUUGGGGUCUGUCUGCAAACAAAUUCCAUGCCAACAACUUUUAAGAAAGAAAGAAAAGCCGCAGCCAACCAGUCAGAAAAUUCGGGAUAAAGCGAUAUAUAUUCAUGACCCACAAUUUUAUUUUCUUUAUUUUAUUCAAAAAUGGGAGAGUAACCAAAUCUUCAAUCAAUCACUACCCAACAUCCAUUUGCACACGGAAAAGGCAAAAGAUGGAAAAUACCAGAAUUGCAAAGAAAACAGAGGAUAUUCGAAGAAGAAGAAAGAAGAAGAAACCUGUUGAAGAAUAACCCAUUAAAAGCUUUUUCAUUUGGUUUUUAGUUUCUCUUUUCUGGCUUAGUUUUCUGCAACCAAAGUUUCAGCUUCGUAUAUCCAGUCUCUUAUUGCUUAAUUCCCUGGAUGCUGCAUUGGUUUCUGGAAAACCAUGAACUGCUUGUUUCCCUUUGUUAGCUAGCUGGCUUGAAGAAGGCAUAGCUUCCUGCGUAUCCUGUGUGAGAUCCUGAUGUCUUCUUCAGCUCCCUAUGAUUGGAUGGGAGAACUAAUUGAGAUGCAGAUGCUUGUUGUAGGGAUGGUCUGGUGGCCUAUAGUAUAAAUGUGGAAUUGGAAUUAGAAUUUUAGAACUCGUUCUUUAGUCAGUAGGAACUGAGGCAAGUAAAGGGCUCUGAUAAAUGCAAUUUGAUUCUUAUGCAUGAAUGCACUGAGAAAGAGGGAAAAAAAAACCAUAUAAAAGAAGUAGAGUCCAAAUAAAGCACUUCAUCUUGAAAUUUGUUGAAGAUGGGCUUGCCUCAAGUGUCUUCUAGCAGUAUUGCUGAGGAAAGGGCAGCAUCACUGUGCACAUUUAUGCAACCUCCACCUAGACUUGCCGGCAUGAGCAGCUGUGAUUUAAGUGGGAUGCAUGGAGGAAACCUGGGAAAUCACAUGCAGGUGGAUUUCACAUGCUCUUCUUUUGGAGAGUCCCAAAGGAAAUCCAUCAUGGAGAUUCCAAAUAAACCAGAUUUUUCGAAUGCACGUAAAGAUGGUAGAUCAAACAUGCAUGCGUUGAAGAUUAACACUACGGUAGAAAACUACUGGUUAAAUCAGAAAUGUGGGCAGAAUAUGCAGACACCUGUUCCUAGGAUUGUUGGUUUCGAACCAAGACAAUUAGAUUCUCCUCUUAAUUCUUUUGAUGGAAACCAAUAUUCUUCAAGUGCGGUGACUGUCACAGGUGACACAACUGAGGCCACUGGGUCAGCACUCAGGAAGCGGUUAUUGUCUCCUUUGAAUGGAAUGCUUCUCCAGGAUCAUUUCAAUGGUGAUUCCCUAGACAUUGGGGAUGGGGUUCACAAGAGUGGCGCCUGGGGAUACAAUGAUAGUUCUAAUGUUCCCACAUUACAUGAGCAUAAGAAGGCUCAUAUUGGCAACUCCAGUUAUUUUAAUUCUACGAUCUGGUCUGCAUCUUGUUCCCCAGAGUGGAAGAGUUCAUUGGAUCACAACUGCAAUGCAAACUCCUCUUCUGUAUUUGAUGGUCCUUUGCUUGAAAACAAGGAGCCACAAUCUCAAAAUCAGUUCAUAUCAUCAUCUGGACUUGAUUACUCUAGAGAAACAAUGAAGGUAAGGUCAGAAUCGGGGGCUAUAGACAUAUCAUCAAGAAAAGUGGCUUUGCCUACACUUUCUUUAUCUCCUCUUGGUCCAAAGUUUCCUGAAAGAGUGAAAUGUGGAGAAUUAUGCAGGGAUCAUACGCCAAAGUUAGAUGAUAACAAUAUAACUCUUAAGGACAUAGAACAAUCACUUGAUGGAACUAUCUCAGCCAUUUCAUCGUCCUGGAAAGAGGAGGCUUUUAGGUUGCUAAGUAACUCACCACAAGAUGUUGAUAUGCUGCAGAAAAAGUUUGAUAUUUUUGGUUCUGAGAGUACUACCACUGGGAUGGGGCAGCACUGGAGUCAGGAUUUGAAAUCUAAGCCUAAAGGUGUUAAAUUAGUACGAACCCCGACUGGACUGCCUGGUAGAAGGUCAUUGGUUGGAUCAUUUGAGGAAUCCCUGUUGUCUGGUCGAUUGGUAUCUGCAAAGGUUAAUCAGAGAAUUGAUGGUUUUCUUGCUGUUCUGAAUGUCACUGGAGGGAAUUUCUCGCCAAAAUCACAGAAACUUCCGUUUGCAGUGACCAGUGUAGAUGGAGAUAACUAUUUACUGUAUUAUUCAUCAAUAGAUCUUGCUAGGAAUAUGACGCCAGCCAAUUAUGGAAGCCUGAGGAUGAAGCGGAGCUUUAGUAUGGAUGAUUCACAAGCAGACAAGAGUCGUCUGAGAAUACCUAUGAAAGGCCGCAUACAACUGGUUCUCAGCAAUCCAGAAAAGACACCUAUUCACACCUUCUUCUGUAACUACGAUUUGAGUGACAUGCCAGCGGGUACCAAGACAUUUUUGCGCCAAAAGAUCACUCUAGCCUCUUCUGAACCAACCUGUAAGGCUGGGAACGGAAAACAUACAGAUCCUGGUAAAGAAAAUGAUGCCAAGCCAUCUUCAAUCCUAGAUGCUGCAAAUUCUCUGCAGCUUAAUGCCAAUGAUGCAGAUUCAAAUGGGCUUAAUAAUGCCCAUACAAUUAGAUCGUCAAACCAGUGUAUAACAGUAUUGGGAACUGGAGGCUCUGCCUACACCAAUGAUGUACUCAAUCAAUACCAUAGAGAGGGAGAAUGCAUGACGGCCUGUUAUCCCGGUGAAUCCAAUGGUUGUGUAUGUGAAAAGAUCAGCGAGAAGGACAGCAUCACACUGAAUAAACUGAAUAGAUGCCAUAUUAGUGAAAGCAAGUCUGUGUGUAUCCCUUCAAAGGUUAGCAAGAAUACUACUGGUGCUGGCGUUCUGCGUUAUGCUCUUCACCUUCGCUUCUUAUGCCUUUUUCCUAAGAAAUGUUCUAGGUCUGUCCAGAGAUGCAAGUUAGAUGCCUUAUCUGGACAAGCGACAAACAGUUUCGACAUUGAAGGGGAGCGGCGCUUCUACUUGUAUAAUGAUUUGAGGGUCGUGUUCCCUCAACGGCAGACAGAUUCGGAUGAGGGAAAGUUACAUGUGGAAUAUCAUUUUCCUUCAGAUCCGAAAUACUUUGAUAUCAGCAACUAGAAGGCAUAGGACUUAUCUGCUUAAUAGAUAGCAUUAUCUGUAGCCUCUGUAAAUAGUUGUACAUUCAAUUCCCUCAUAUUUGGGGCAAUUCCCCAUUCAUUCUGUAAAUAACCAUGUUUAUCAAUAACUAGUCGAUUAAUAUAUACUUUUCGUACU